AUGCUGUUCGCACCCCUACUGGCCUGCGUACUCGGGCCAUCAAUCGCAGGACAGGCCUUGGCAAGCAACAUCUCCAUCUCCAACGAUCCCCAACAUGCAGAUGCAAUCCUCCAACACAAUGCCCUCAUCGAGUCAUACCUGUCGCAGAAGCCCGUCCGUGGCGUUCGGAAAAUGACCGAUGACGAAAGCGAAAAGUUCUUCCUGGACUACUGGCUGUUCGACGAAGCCUACACAGCAGGCAACACAUCCGACAUCGAUGGGUUAUAUUCGCAACUACCGCCAUCGAUAAACACCACCGAAAAGGUUGACUUCCAACCUCGCUCGUAUCCAUUUCGACCCUCCUACCCGAGCGACCUUGAGGUCGAGAGGCGCGGGUGGAGCGAGCAUUUCUCACCGCUUCUUCGACGAGAAUUCAAGUGUCCUACCGGCACAUACAGCUGCACAUCGAUUGACCGGGCCGACAGCUGCUGUAGCACGAGCGACACCUGCGUCCUGGUCAACGACACGGGAUCUGGCGAUGUGGGCUGCUGUCCGACGGGGGACACUUGCUCGGGGACCAUCGGAUCAUGUCAGGAUGGGUACGCCAGUUGUUCGUCAUCUUUGGGCGGAGGAUGCUGCAUUCCGGGGUAUGAAUGUGUGACUGGUGGCUGUGACUCAACGGUCAUGCUCUCGACGUCCACACACACAAUCCCUGCAACCACGGCAACGCAGUCGACGGGCGAUUUAGUCCCUCCCGCUCGGCCUACCAGUGUCUCCACCUCCACGAACUCCGAGACCACCAAAACCACCAGUACAGCAUCGGUCUGUCCGACCGGGUUCUAUGCCUGUUCGGCCGUCUACCAGGGAGGAUGUUGCCGUACUGGCCGCAAUUGCGACACGACGGACUGCCCCGCAACACCCUCGACGACUUUCACAAGCGACGGAGUCACCAUUGUAGUUCCCGUGGCCACAACCACGGACACGACCACGGCAUUAACAACCAGCAAGGCGGCACACUGCGCAAGUGGCUGGUUCAGCUGUGCAGCCACUGUCGGAGGAGGGUGCUGUCCGACAGGAUACCAAUGUGGAUCCAGCUGUACAGCGGUGUCAACGGCGACACAGACGGUGGCCAAGGAGCAGGCCACGAGCGGGAGUGAGAAACUGGGGUGGCAGCGAGGGAUGGUGGGAAUGGGCCUACUGGUGGCCCUUGGGAUAUGA